GCUUGAUCUUUCCUCUUCUGUUGCCUGCGUCAAUUCUGGUCAAGCAUGCAGUUGAAAAUUAUCGUUGAUGUUGUCUGCUAAAGAACAAAUAGCAUACGAAGAUCACCUGUUAGACCCUUUUGUUGAGAAUUUCGUACUUGAAAUCACAGUCCACUUCGGGAUGCAGGACAUUGAACUUAUGCACAUGUGGUAUGCUCUAGAUUUAGCUGUUCUUGAUGUUGGAGUGAUGGAAAGGACUAUGACUGGUGAAAGAAAAAGUUUUCAUCAAGUUGCAUUUGACCAUUUGAAAGAUCUACAGAACCAUUUGGAGGCUGUCAAUGACAUCCCUCGCAAGAUCAUGAUGGCGAAUGUCAUAAGUUCGCUUUUACAUAUGGAUGAUCAUUCUCUCAAUUUGGCUCAUUGUGCCUCACCAUGGAGCUAUUCUGAAUCACAUUUCACAUGUGCUUCAGAGCAAACUGAUCUAACACGUGAAGAGGGAAACAAAUUAGUUGUAUCUUUCAUGGGGAAACUACUAGAUAUAUUACAUCACUGUCUUCCUUCAACUAUAAGUUUAUAACUGAACUAGAUCAUGCUCUAAGUGAUGGCGUAAGUAGGGGUGGAAGACAAGCAUUGGAGUGGAGAGCGUCAAUUGCUAAACAUUUGAAGAGUGGGAAUGGCAGUUGUCAAUUUUGCAGCGUCUUCUUUCGUUAUCUGAACCCCAGUGGCAGUGGAAAGAGGCAUUAACUGUAUUACUUAACCUCUGAGUUA